CAUCGAUGACGCUUAUCACCGCCACAGAUUCCCUUUUGUGGUGUUCUGGAUCUGCGCUUGAGGGAAGGCGAGAAUCAAGGUGAAGGGAGUGGAGGACGGAGAGACGGUGGGAGCCGCUGUGAGGAUUAGACUAUUAGAAUGACCCACCCUUUCUUUUUUCCGCUGCUGUAAGGACGCCUCUCCCUGCCUCUGAAUUUCUUCCUCUUCAAUCUCCCAAAACCAGCCUUCUCGGUGAGUCGAGCUUCUCAUUCGGCGAUGGUGGAUCGAUAACAAUGGCGUGGCUGGUGGGAUGGCUCAAUUGGGUGGCUUGAGAACGAGGAAGAGGAAGAGGAAGAAGAAAUAGCCUGCGAUUCCGAUUAACUACCACCGGCGGAUUAAAGAUUGGGAAGAAGGUGGCUAGGUCAGGAUUUGGGAGAACUGAAACGGAAAGGAUUUAGGGUUCGUGUCGGAUUUGGAGGACAAGGGGAGGAGGUGUCUAUUCUCGACAGUGGGAGGAUUAAUCGAUUUAGGGUUGUCCUAACACAAAUCUCAUAAACAAAAAAAAAUCAUUCCCCCAAUCUGCAGCCGAAAACAGAGCCUGGAAGAAGAGGUUGGCGAAGGGGAGAGAUCCAGAGAGAUAGGAAGAUGAAGAAGACAUUUUCCUUCUUUGCUUUUGAUUUUGUUUUUUAUUUUUUUUAUUUUUUUUUGGUUGUUUUUUACAUUUAUUUUUUAUUACAAUUUUCCACAUCAGCUGCCACGUCAUUGCUGACUGUAUUUUUUGUUAACAACUAACGGAAAACUUAACGGCUGGUACACAAUUGUCAUAUCGAAAACUACAUAAUAUAAAUGGCACUUUCGCUAAAUGUUGGUAUUUCCAGUGGUAUUAGCCCUAUAAUUUAUGAUUUAGAUGAUUAGUACCUAGGGUUCACUCAUUAAGGGUUAGGGUAUAGUAUCAUGCUCGGCUAACUCGAGAUAAAGAUAGCUUUAGUACGACAAACAAAGUUAACCCAUUCCAAGCAUACCAUAGCUCAAUCUGAUCAAUCGAACAGCGAGAAUGGAGGAAUUGGAAGGGCCCCGGAAUUUUUUUUUUUUUUCUUAAAAAAGAGAAAGAGAGUGGGUGGGAUAUGGAGAGGGACUGUGGUCUGUGAGUAAAUAGGGAAAAUAUUUUUUUAACCUUUUUAUUUAGUGAUCUAUUAUGAUUAUUUUUAGAAUAUUAUUUAAUUUUAAAUUAAAAAAUCUGAUGUGUCAUUGACGUGGCUGUCACGUUGUUGCCAAGUCACCAUAAAUGAACAUGGGUUUGACUAUCGUCUGGUUAACUGUUAUCUCUAAUGGUCAACAAAAGAGUCAGACUACAAAUAUCACAACAAACUUGUACAUUGAGACACAGAUACGAUUGAAAUAUUAAAUGAAAUUGGGCACAAGCUAAGUAACAUUUUUACAUUGUUGCAGUGUUGUAUUAGAAUUAGUGUUUUAUUUUAUUGUUACUGAAGUUACAAUGAAAGAGAUCACUACUACUAUGGAAGUAGUACGUACCCAUAUCACUAUGCUGCCAUGUUAUCCGCUGCCACCCCUCUGACGUUUCUCCCUCCAUUUCUUCUUUCUUCACUUACCCACUCUCUCUGUCCAGAUUCACCAUCCCUAGCGUCCAAAAACAAAGGAGGCAAUCAAGAUAUUAGCAUUGUGGCCAUAUGACACAAUUAAAAGGACAGUGGGAUAUUCCCCUCAAAAAAGAAGUGAAUUGCAGAGGGUCACAUGUUACUGAGCCAUCUGACGCAUCUCCUUCCCGUCUAGUUUCAUAACCGUACCGAAUCUCAAUGUGCGGCCAUUCGCUGUCCCUCCAGCUUCGAGGUUUCACUAUAAAUAGAAAGAGCUCUGCAGCAAGCCAUUGUAUUCAACAUUCAGCAUCAUCAGUACGACACCAUAUUGCUCGAAAUUUGGAAAUAGAUCCAAGGAAAAGAUCAGAUCAGGCGUCCCCUAGAGUUCCUCUGAACACUUCACUAAUGAGCUGGGGCCGCUGGGAUUAUAGUGAUGUUGAUCUGUUCAUGAAGUGGAGAGUUAUUGGCCGGCCGGCUAGCUCGUUUCAUUACUGAAGUGUUUGGAGGAACACCCGGUGCCGCUUGGUACGUAGCAUCCAAUGGUUCUCAUAUUCUGAGGUUAGCGCUGUUCCUGGCCUGCACCUUCUUUCUUAUAUUAAGUUGUAUCUGUUGCUUCCAUCCUUUGGAACUCGCUUCAAUGUGGCUCAUAGACUUGGGAGUCGGGGAUGGUUUAUAUAGUGUGUUUCCUAGUGAAUUCUGUUGACUUAACAGAAUGUAUAUUUUCGUCGAUGAGAUAUUAUUAGAGAUUAAUCUAGAAUCGGUUUAUUAAAUACUAGAUAGUACCCCGGCCCACUGGCCGGUUGCAAUAUAACAGCAAUUAACAAAGCUUCAAAUUUAAAUUUCAGUGAUUUCAUCUUCUCUUAUAUUCGUGUCACGAUUACAUGUCAAUGACAUGCAAAUUCAUUAAUAAUUAUAUAUUUUUUAUCAAAUAGCAAGACAGUUUCUUAGUUUUUACCAUCAAUAAAGUUAAAUAUUCAAUUACUUGGGAUAUAGAAAAUUAGCAUCCGUCAUAAAAGUUUACUAACGUUGCAAUCGGUUCCUUCUAUAUGACUUGUGCAAGGGUAUAUCAACUCAUAAUAAACUUAAUGACACGAUAUUGUAGGUAUCACAAAGUGACUAGUAUCAAUACCUCUUUACAGUUUACUAUCAAGAAUAUCCAUCAUCAACUUCACUAUCUUCAUCAUCAACCUACAUUUUUCACAUUUUUCGCGAAGCGAAUUCAAAAAAUAAAACAUAAUCAUAUAUAAAAUAUAAAAUAUAAUUUUUAUGGCAAAAUAAUUUACCUCAUUAUAAUCACAAAUGUUUGUUAGAGAUUAUUUUUUUUACAUCAUUGAUACUCUUCAAAACUAUUAAUUCGGUCAUGAAAUUUAUGUAACUUGAGGUUCAGAGACAGAAGAAUGAGAUGGCUCUGAUGAACAUAGUAUCAAUAGCUCAGCAAGAAUCUUUUUGAAUUGAGUAACUGUUCUUCUUCAUAAAGUAGUCUUCAAAACACAUUUUCUUCAUAGUUGCUUUGAAAUUUACAUGCACUUAUCAUUUCUUUGAGAAAAAAGCAAUGAAUUAUAAAUUAAAGUUCAGACCAAUUUUUUAGCACGUGCUAAACAUUUUUAUUUACCUUUGAAUAAAUAUAGAGCACAUUCUUGAAUUGUUAAGUUAAAAACCAUAUAGAACUUUUUUUUUAUACAACAUAACUCAAUGCAUGUCGAAGGACCCUGAAAUAGUUAGUAAACAUUUGGCUAAUAUCCAUACAUAUAUUCUAUUAAAUGCGUUAUAAAUUUUCAUUUAUGUACUAUUAUAAAGUUGUCGCCUUUUUUUUUGUUUAAUAGUUCAAGUAUUAGACACGUAUAACACAUUUACUACACGUACUUUAAGGAAUUAGACUAAUUAUUUGCUAAUUUACAUUUAUAUUUAUUUGUAAAUUCUAAAUUCUAAAUUUUCAACUUUGGCCAUUAUAUUUGUUUAGAGGAAUGUAUAAAAUUUCGUACAUAUUAAUACCGCAACACACCAAUAACAUUUUCUAUUAACAAAGUGCCAAAUUUAUCAGACUUCAUUAAUAAAACUAUGGCAACCAUAUAUAUAUGGUUCAGACUGGUGUACUCAUGGAGUAUACUAUACUCCAGGUACUCAUAGUGAGAUAUCUUUAUUUAGACUUUGAAUUAAAUCAAAGGUUUAGGUAUGAUAAUACACCCUACCUCUAAUGGAUAAACCUGAGGCCCCGAUUCUCUAAACUAAAACUUGAAGUUCAAU